UUUCAAGUUGAUUUCUUAGAAAUCGUCUACCUUUGCUCGCUCGCUUUUGCCGGACGGAUAACAUGGACAUUAAAACGUUGUUCCAUAAUCUUCGAGAAGAAGUGUCUUGUCCAGUGUGCACUAACAUAUACAUGGAUCCAAAACAACUCCCAUGUCUCCACAGCUUUUGUCUGCAUUGCUUGAAUCAAUGGCACAGAACUAGCCAUGGCCGAGACACAAUCAGAUGCCCGAAGUGCCAAGCUCUUAGCAGAGUGCCUGAAAGUGGCGAUUUGAAAGAUCUUCCCACCAGUUUUUAUCUGAACGGCUUGAUUGAUGUGCUGGCAAUUAGAGAAUGUAAAACCAGCCAAGUGAAAUGUGGAAAUUGCGACAAGAGCAGCUCGGAAAGUUCCUAUUGUUUCCAUUGCUGUGCAUUUUAUUGCCAAGACUGCGUAAUUGGGCACAACAUCAUGAAAACCUACAAAGAUCACCGUGUCCUGGCGCUUAAAGAAUUUCAAGACAAGGACUAUGAGGAUGUAAUGAAACGACCUGACUUUUGUUCUAAGGAAGAUCACAGCAAAGAAGAGCUGAAGUACUUUUGCAAGACUUGCGAAAUGCCAGUUUGCCAAAUUUGUGUCACAUUGGACCACGGAGGCCAUAAUAUGAAAUUAAUCAAGGAAGAGGCAGAAAUACAGAAGAGUGAGAUAAAGUCGUUGGUUGAAAAGCAGAGACGCAUUUUGCAAGCAAAGAUGAAAACCGUCAAUCAACUUGAUGAAGAGUUCGCCAGACUAAUGCAACAAGGCGAAGACGUAAAUAGAGAUGUUCAAAGACUUGUUGACAAUCUCGUGGCCGUUAUUGAGGCGAAAAAACAAAAUAUACUAUCAUCGUUAGAGAAAGAAACGAGCAGAUCGCUUGAUCUUGUAACGGAGCGAAAAACCGAAAUUCAACGACAAAUAAGGGCCAUAGAAUCUGAUGAAUAUGAUAGAUAUCUCAUAGUGUCAGACAACGGUGAACAUUGUAUCAAAGUAUUUGACAGGAAUGGAAACCCUCAGUACAAGUUCGGAAAGAAAGGUAGUGGGGACGGGGAGCUUCACAGUCCUUCUGGUAUGGCAGUGAACAAAUCAGGACACCUGAUGGUCUGUGAUGACUUUAAUCAUAGAGUACAAGUAUUUGAACUGAAUGCUUUGCUCGCUCGCUUUUGCCGAACGGAUAACAUGGACAUUAAAACGUUGUUCCGUAAUCUUCGAGGAGAAGUAUCUUGUCUAGUGUGUACUGACAUAUACACGGAUCCAAAACAACUCCCAUGUCUCCACAGCUUUUGUCUGCAUUGCUUGAAUCAGUGGCACAGAGAAAGCCGUGGCCGAGACACAAUCAGGUGCCCGAAGUGCCAAGCUCUCAGCAGAGUGCCUGAAAGUGGCGAUUUCAAAGACCUUCCCACCAGUUUUUAUCUGAACGGCUUGGUUGAUGUGCUGGCAAUAAGAGAAUGCAAAACCAGCCAAGUGAAAUGUGGAAAUUGCGACAAGAGCAGCUCGGAAAGUUCCUAUUGUUUCCAGUGCUGUAUGUUUUACUGUCAAGAGUGCGUAAUCGGACACAACAUCAUGAAAAUUUACAAAGAUCAUCGCGUCCUGGCGCUCAAAGACUUUCAAGUCAAGGACUAUGAAGAUGUAAUGAAACGACCUGUCUUUUGUUCUAAGGAAGAUCACAACAAAGAAGAGCUGAAGUACUUUUGCAAGACUUGCGAAAUACCAGUUUGCCAAAUUUGUGUCACAUUGGACCACGGAGGCCAUAAUAUGAAAUUAAUCAAGGAAGAGGCAGAAAUACAGAAGAGUGAGAUGAGGUCGUUGCUUGAAAAGCAGAGACGUAAUUUGCAAGCUAAGAUGAAAACUGUCAAUCAACUUGAUGAAGAGUUCGCCAAACUGAUGCAACAAGCCGAAGACGUGAAGAGAGAUAUUCAAAGACUUGUUGACAAUCUCGUCGCCGUUAUUGAGGCGAAAAAGCAAAAUAUACUAUCAUCGUUGGAGAAAGAAACGAGCAGAUCGCUUGAUCUUGUAACGGAGCGAAAAACCGAAAUUCAACGGCAAAUUACGGCCAUAGAAUCUUCGCUGGAAAAUGCUGAUAAGCUUUUAACUCGUAGCAGUAAUGCUGAAAUCGUUCAACUCAAGAAAUCAUUAGACGCCAUUUUUGAAGGAGUUUCUCAAACCGAGCCAAUUAACCGUAACACCGAAAGCCUUCCGGCUGGUUUCAUUUUCAAGCAAAAUCCAAAACUGUUGGAGACUGUGAAAACUGAUGACAUUGGAACUUUGCAAAUCUUGCAACUCACUAAGGCAAAUCAUGUAAUUUGCGAAGGCAAAGGAAUUGAAGAAGGAAUGGUAAACCGUGAGGCACAAUUCACUUUGACCUCAAGGAACAUUCGUGGAAAACAGUGUUACAAUGAACGUGACCAUGUCACGGUGGAGAUCAGAGAUAAACGAGGACGGGAAUGCGCGACGAAGGUUGGAAUAAAUGACUGUGGAGAUGGACUCUACCAGAUCAAGUAUACUCCAAAAGAUCAAGGAAUGUGUAAAGUGAGUGUAAAAAUAAAUGGGGAACAUAUUAAUAGAAGUCCUUUUACCGUAUUCGUAAAACCAUUUCAAUUCAAACCUGUUUUAUCUUUCGGUAAGAAAGGUUCGUCUUUAGCAUUGUUUAACAUUCCUAUUGGACUAGCAGUAAAUGCUAGGAAUGAGAUAGCUGUAGCUGAUAAUCUCAACCACAGAAUUCAAAUCUUUGACAGUGACGGAAAUUACAUAAGAUCCUUUGGCAAAGCGGGAGAGCUUCAAAGUCCUAGAGGAAUAGCAUUUGAUAACAAUGGGAAUAUUUUCGUCGCGGAUAGAUCGAGUCGGAUUCAGAUUUUCGAUGGGAGGGGUGAGUACGUACGAAGCUUUGGAGGGUUUGGUAGUCUUGAUAACCAACUUAAGAAUCCUUGGAGUUUAUCUGUAGACAGUGACGGGAAUGUGAUCGUUGCUGAUAAAGGAAACAGCUUAAUUAAAAUCUUUUCUCACGAUGGAAAGUUCCUUAUGAAAAUAGGUGGACAGAGCUCUUUGAAAUCUCCUAUGCAUUGUAUUCAGUAUGAUAGGUAUCUCGUAGUGUCAGACAGGGGUGAACAUUGUAUCAAAGUUUUUGACAGGAAUGGAAACUUUCAGUACAAGUUCGGAAAGAUAGGUAGUGGGGACGGGGAGUUUGAUGGUCCUUCUUGUAUGGCAGUGAACAAAUCAGGGCACCUGAUGGUCUGUGAUGAACUUAAUCACAGAGUACAAGUAUUUGAACUGAAUGGUAAGUUUAUUGGCGAGUAUGGAAUGAAAGGCAGCAAUUUAGGAGAGUUUGAAAAUCCUGUGUCCCUUGCAGUUUUAGGUAACGGCCGAAUUGCUGUAAGUGAAUUCAAGAACAAUCGUAUUCAGUUAUUUGAAUGA